AUGUCUGUCAUAAGUGGAUGUACAGAUAAAGAAACUUUACAAGACACUGAAGACAUGCAAAAAAUUGAAAUAAUAUCCAAGCUCCAAAAGGAGAGAGGAGGAAUUGUGUCAUACUUUAGUAAAAUAGAGAAGGGAAUAAGACUGAUGAUACAGGAGGGCAACCCAAGUGCAGUUUCUCUUGCAGAAGAACUAGAACUUAUGAAAGAAACAUUAGACAGAAUUGUUGUGAAGUCUAUGCAGUUGAAGGAAUUAGUUGUCCAUGAUCCAGUGGAAUUCAAGCAAGUUGAUGAAUAUGAUAAUGCCCUCAAGGAUAGAUAUAGUAAAUUAGCAGCAGAAAUUAGGGUUUUUAUGGUCAAAGACAGUCAGGAGAUUAAACCCGAAGAUUCUGCAAGUCAGGUCAGCAUGAAGUCGGUAGCAUCACAUGUGAAGGUGGCCGAAGCUAGGGCAGCAGCGCUUCGUGUGAGAGCCGAGGCUCUAAAGAAACAACAGUCAUUGAAGCGUCAGGUGAUGGAACUGCAACUGCAAGAGGAAGCCCUUAAGUUAGAAACAGAGAUCGCCGCUGCUGAGGCAGAGACCAGCGCUUUGAGUGAUAACGGGAGUACAGUUAAGAGGCCUCUUCCAGCUACAUCCAUGCUGAACCCCAGGACUGAAGAGUUUCAGCUUAAAUCAGAUACUCUUCCAAGUCACCCGAUCAAACCAGAGAGAGAGCGUAAACAGCAGCUUACACAGCCACCAGUGUCUGAGAGUAGCAAGGAGAUUCUGAACAUGAUUCAUCUCCCUAGAGCAGACCUGAUUAAAUUUGAUGGUGAUCCACUCAAGUAUUGGAUUUUCGUCCGUUCCUUUGACAAUAGCAUUGGAUCAACUUCAAUAAGUGACACUGCCAAACUUACAAGACUCCUACAGUAUUGCAGUGGCAAAGCACUUUCGGUCAUAGAGUGUUGUGCCGUCAUGAACCAAGACUAUGGUUAUAAGGAGGCAAGAAGAAUUCUGCAGGAGCGAUUCGGCAACCAGUUUGUUAUUUCGCGUGCAUGGAUUCAAAGAGUCACUGAGAGACCAGUACUGCGGAAUGGAGACAAUGCAGCCUUGCGUCAGUAUGCGGACUCAGUGAAGAGCUGUAUAGUCACUUUAUCAGCCAUGGGGAGACUCACAGAGGUUGACAACCAAGACAGGAUAAGGAAGAUGACAGAAAAACUCCCGGUCCAUCUACAGAACAGAUGGAGAAAUCAAGCAGUCAGCCAUCUCAGGACACACAGACAUUACCCAAACAUUCAUGAAUUUGCUCAAUUCAUUGAGAUGGUUGCCGAUGAGGCUAACGACCCAGUCUUCGGGAAUAUUCGCUUUGACAACAGAGAGAGACCAUCAAGAGGACACGAUAGCAAGGGAACAGCCUUACAAACUGUCAUGAAGUACAGAGACACGAAGUCAAGUUGCAAGUUAUGCUCUUGGGAUCAUGCCAUUUACAUGUGCAACACAUUUAGACAAAUGAAUUCUGAAGAUAGACUGAAAUUCAUGCAAGAAGAAAAAUUAUGUUUUAACUGCUUUGCUAAGAAUCAUGUGUCGUAUGAAUGUACCAAGGAAAGCAUGUGUCGUAUUGAUAGAUGCAACAAGAGACAUUCAACUCUGUUACAUCAUGCCUUGCAGACAUACAGGAAGAUGCAUUCUGGCGUGCUAGUGGAAAGUGAACUACCGAAGAGAACCCAACAGUUACGAGGGAACUCACACUCAAACCAACAACAUCGUGGAACACAGACCUUCUCUACUCACCAUUCAAAUCGUGAUGUCAAUGGGGCCGGCAUAUGUAGGGUAGCAUUACCAGUUGUACCCGUUACAGUUCGGAAGAACGGAGAAGAGUGCUUAACAACCUAUGCCUUCCUGGACAGUGGCAGUACGAAUUCCUUCUGCUCCCAAGAAUUAUAUGACCAACUCGGCCUGCAGGGAGCGAAGACAUCCUUGUCUCUUAUAACUCUGACAAAUGAAGACUGUCCAUUGGAAACUACCUGUAUCUCGCUUGAAAUUGCGGAUCUGGAUGGAAGGAAUCAAUUGAAGUUGCCCUAUGUUUAUGUUAUUCCCAAUAUGCCAGUUCCGGAAAGGAAUAAAGUGUCACAGACAGACGUUGACAACUGGCCACACAUGCAGGACAUACAUUUGCCACAAGUCAAUGAGUCAAAGAUCUCUAUACUCAUUGGACAGGACAAUCCUGGAGCUAUAGCACCACUUGACAUUAGAAGAGGGAAAAUAAACGAACCGUAUGCCGUGCUUACCGUUUUCGGCUGGACCCUGAACGGACCUUUGGAAUAUGGCAAACAGGGCACAAUAGUCUCCAACUACAUUCAAGCUGAUCUUACAACUUGUUUAGAAAGACUUUGGACAUUGGAUUCCUGUGGCAUGCAGAUGGAUAACCGUCAGCAAAUGUCCAUACAAGACAAAUAUGUAUACUAA